GAGUCAGUACGUACGUUCCGCGCUUCGUAUCUCGACGUUGUACACGACCGCCUUGCUUUGGGACCCGUGUGGAUUUUUUGGUACGCAGUACCCCAGUAGUGUUACAGUGUGGUUUUUCAGUGGGUGUUUUUGUUGGUGGUUCCCUGGAUUUACGGAGUGUACCCGCACGAAAUUUGGAUUACGCGUAGGAGACCCAGUGUACCCGUGCCAUGAUCUGCUGACGUAAGAUGUACCCCGGUGCAGGAAUGAAUGCAGCGGCCGCAGCAGCAGUGGCGGCUGCACGCCAUCCGGGUCCGCCACAGCCCGGCCAACCGUUUAAAUUUACGGUGGGCGAGUCCUGCGACAGGAUAAAGGAAGAGUUCAAUUUCCUGCAGGCGCAGUACCACAAUUUGAAGCUAGAAUGCGAGAAACUGGCGAGUGAGAAAAUAGAGAUCCAAAGGCAUUACGUGAUGUAUUACGAAAUGUCCUAUGGCUUAAAUGUGGAAAUGCAUAAACAGACUGAAAUUGCGAAGAGACUGAACGCCAUCAUCGCGCAGAUCCUGCCCUUCUUGUCGCAGGAGCACCAGCAGCAGGUCGCCACUGCCGUGGAGAGGGCGAAACAGGUUACCAUGACAGAGCUGAAUACGAUAAUUGGGCAACAAAGGCCGGACCUCCCGAGGCUACUGCAACAGAUGCACGCCCAACAGCUGCCGACACACGCGGCGCCCCCGAUACCCAUGAUCCCCCAUCCGCUGGGCGGCGCUCCGCCCAGCUCGGCGGCAAGUCUCCUGGGCCUCUCGGGCCCCCUGCCCGCCCAACACCCCCUAUCCAUGCUGGCAUCGAAGCCGGACCUGCACAGACCCGAUGACGUCAAGUCGAACAGCGGUAUCAACUCCGCUGAAGAGAGACACAGAAACUCGAUAUCUCCCGCGGAACGAGAAAAGUACAGGCCUAGGACACCGCAGGAACCCGAACUGAAGAAGCCCAAAAAGGAAGAAAAGGACCUUGGUCACCAUAGCGACGGCGAAAAGAGUGACCAAGACUUAGUCGUCGACGAUGCCUCCGAGGACCCCGUCUCUCCUCCAAACGGCACCACAUCCCCGAGAGAAAACGGAAUUGACAAGCUGCCUAAGAAGGAGCACCCUGGUCCCCACAGUCCUCGAUCGGGCACGUCAAGCAACGCAUCGACGCCGUCCACGAAAAAAUUGGACGGAGAAAAACCGACGACGCCGAUUUCCAAAUCGGUGACGCCCACAUCGGCCGCUGGAUCGUCUUCUGGAAGCGGCGGGUUGAAACCCGUGGUGAAACCGCCGGCGUUGGGGCAGUACCCGUCUUAUCUGGCUAUGUCGAAUGGUGCUGCACCACACGAUCUGCAAGCGGCUGCGGCGGCUGGUAACUACGGAGGCCUACACAACAACCUACCACCAACUCUUAACAGUUAUCCACGACCUCCCUUGCAAGUUGGAUAUGAUCCGCAUAAUCAGAUGAGGGCGCCAGUGGUUCCUGGAUUGGGUGGAAUACCAGGAGGCAAACCGGCUUAUUCUUUCCACGUAAGCGCGGAUGGACAAAUGCAACCGGUGCCCUUUCCGCCGGAUGCCCUUGUAGGGCCUGGAAUUCCACGUCAUGCAAGGCAAAUCAACACAUUGAGUCACGGUGAAGUGGUGUGCGCUGUUACCAUUUCCAACCCUACGAAAUACGUCUACACUGGAGGAAAAGGUUGCGUGAAGGUCUGGGACAUCAGCCAACCCGGUUCGAAGAGUCCCGUGUCACAACUGGAUUGCUUGCAACGGGACAACUACAUCAGAUCCGUGAAACUUUUACCGGAUGGAAGAACGCUGAUUGUAGGCGGAGAAGCGAGCAACCUCUCCAUUUGGGACCUGGCAAGUCCCACACCUCGAAUCAAAGCUGAACUUACCUCCAGCGCACCGGCGUGUUACGCUCUAGCUAUAAGUCCCGACUCCAAGGUCUGCUUCAGCUGCUGUUCCGACGGGAACAUAGCGGUGUGGGACCUCCACAACCAGACCUUGGUCCGGCAGUUCCAGGGCCACACAGACGGUGCCUCUUGUAUAGACAUUUCCUCCGAAGGCACCAAACUGUGGACCGGAGGUCUGGACAACACCGUCCGAAGUUGGGAUCUGAGAGAGGGAAGGCAAUUGCAACAGCACGACUUCAGUUCGCAGAUCUUCUCCCUGGGCUACUGUCCGAUGGGCGAGUGGUUGGCAGUAGGCAUGGAGAACUCGAACGUGGAAGUUUUACACGCCAACAAGCCCGACAAGUACCAGUUACACCUGCACGAGAGUUGCGUGUUGAGCCUGAGGUUCGCCGCGUGUGGAAAGUGGUUCGUUUCCACCGGAAAGGAUAAUUUGUUGAACGCCUGGAGGACGCCAUAUGGUGCUAGCAUAUUCCAGUCGAAAGAAUCUUCAAGCGUACUCAGCUGUGACAUUUCGGCAGAUGACAAGUAUAUAGUGACCGGUUCCGGAGACAAAAAGGCGACCGUCUACGAGGUCAUCUACUAAGGAAGCACGAAGACGGUGGAAACGGACUCCAUAAAGCAGUUCGUGUAGUUAAAAAAAAUUUAAAGAAAUUGUGAUAAUUAUGUGUAAUAAACGUUCACUGCGUAUCAGAAUAAAAAAAAAUAAGAGAAGAAACUGUCACCUAUUGAGAAAUUAGUGAUCUGACGUGAGAAAUAGGUUUUUAGAAACAGUGAUCUCCCAUGACAUUUAUUAUCUUUUUUUUUAUAAUUUAAACCUGUAAAUAUCUACGUAUAACAGUUGAAUUGUUGAACUCAAAUGUUGGUAAAAAAAACAAACUAAAAAUUAACGACGUUCAUGAAUACUUAAUUUUUUUAAUUAUUUUAUAAAUUCUCAUCUAACUACUUUAGAACCUGUAAAUAUAUCACUUUAUGCAUUAAGCGCAUUGUUUUCCUUGUUUCUUUUUGUUAUUUAAUAUGUAGCAAGCUCGAAAUGCAAAAAACAAGAGGUGUAAAACAGGAACACAAAUGUAUAUUGUCUAUAUAUUUGUAAUUAUUAUGCUAGUAUCGAUAAUGAAAUUAUUUAAAUGAAGUAUCUAAGUGUUGCCUACACAAACUUGCUCCGAUUUUGCAUGUGCAAAACUUAUAAGUACCUUUGUGUAAAUCAAUGUUUUUUGGUUCAUUGAAUAUUUAGAUAGCGUUUAAUACUUCUAAAAUUUAUGUUAUAGAUUUGUAGAUAUCUGGAAGAAUUAUAUUAUUGUUUUUAUUUUUUAAUAUUUAAUUGCAGACGAUUGUUCUUUUGGGGGCGCUGAGCGAGAGAAACGCCGACCGGCCCUAGUUUCCGAAAUUAGUCUCAGCGAUGAGAGAAUGUUAUUUUUUAAGAAUAAAAUUGUAAAAUAUACAAUGGAAUGCAACUACUGAUUUUUUAUUUUUUUUU